AGAGAGAGAGAGAGAGAGAGAGAGAGAGAGAGAGGGGUGGUAUGUCAUUCAUGCUACAUGAAUAGGGUGGAUAACAGUCGAGAGACAGCUGCAAAUAGAUCACAUUGGUUUGAGAUUCUUACACUCAAGGAAACAUCUGUUGAGAUAUUCAUUGUUUUGGUGCUGCAGUUGGGACUCUAUUUGCAUAACUGGACUAUUAUGAUAUGAGGAUAACUGCAGAUUUAUAUUUACACCAGAGGACACUUGACAUCAGAGGUAAAAAUUUGAACUUGCACACCUGUUUUAACCUUGUUAUUCUAAUGACAGCUGUUUGUUUUCUUCUCUUCAGUAUUGAGAUGAACAGGAAGCUCUGUGAGUUCUAAUGGCUUCAGUCUGAGCUGACUAUUGGUGGCCUAUAUUGUUGGUGGCUGAGAGAGAUGAUGACUGAAAAACUGUGGGAGCUCCUAGCCACAUUCAUACUCCUGUUACAGAUAUGGAAACAGAUAUCUGCAAUGGAAAUCCCACCUGAUGUGAGACAGCCUCCUAUGAUAAUUAAACAGAGUGUCCAAGAUCAUAUAGUGGAGCCAACGGACCCCAUCAUAGUGGAGUGUGAGGCCACUGGAAACCCUCCUCCAGUCUUCACUUGGACCCGCAGUGGAGUGUACCUGAAUGUUGCACGUGACCCUCAGGUCACCAUGAAGAGGCGCUCUGGCACACUGGAGAUAUUUUUUUGGGGACGUCCAGAAGAUUAUGAGGGCGUGUACCAAUGUACUGCUACUAAUGAAUUUGGUUCAGCUCUAUCCAGUCACAUUCAUUUGCGUGUCUCCAAGGCUCGUACAUGGCUGAAGGAAUAUUUGGAGCCAGUGUCUGUGUUUGUGGGUCUUCCUUUGAUUCUGCCCUGUAAUCCUCCAGUGGGUCCACCUAAACCUCAGACCUACUGGAUGAACAGCUCCAUGGUACCAAUUCGUCAGGAUCGUAGAGUAUCGAUGGCAGGGAAUGGAGACUUGUACUUCUCCAGUGUCAUAGCUGAUGAUGCGCUAACAAACUAUGUGUGUACAGCUCGCUUCCCCAACUCCAACAUCAUCCAGCAGAAACCUCCACUAAUUCUUCAGGUGCACACAGCCCGUAUGGCAGCUCAGAUUGCUCCCAAAUUCUUGAAACCCAAAGGAACAGCCAGCACUCAGAUUGCAAUGCUAGGGGAGGAGCUUACCUUGGAGUGUUUCGCUUCUGGAGUUCCAGCUCCCACCAUCAAAUGGACUAAAUAUUGGGAAAGCUUGUCCAUGGAAGGCAUGAAGCUGGAAAACUUCAAUAAAACGCUGCGCAUUAAGAAAAUCUCUAUGUUUGAUGGAGGCGACUACAUUUGUACUGCCACCAACAGGAUGGGAAGCGUGGAUCACAUAAUCACAGUUAAAGUUAAAUCAACCCCAUUUUGGGUCGAGAAACCACAGAGUCUUAUUCUCUCUCGAGAUGAUGGUGGGCAGAUAGUGUGUCAUGCUGAUGGGAUUCCCAAACCCCAGAUACGGUGGCUAGUUAAUGGAGAACCUAUUGAGGAUGCUCCUAAGAGUCCAGGCAGACAAGUAUCAGGGGAUACUUUGAUAUUUCGUGCCGUGGUGCCUGAUAGCACAGCUGUGUUCCAGUGUAAUGCCUCCAAUGAUUAUGGCUACAUCCUGGCCAAUGCCUUCCUUGCAGUAAUGGAUAUGAGGCCACGAUUGCUGGGUAUUAGAGAUGACCUAAUUAAAGUAAUUGAAGGGACUCGGACACUUCUGCACUGCCCAUAUUUUGGAUCACCAAAACCUGACCUGCGCUGGUCUAAAGGUGGAAUGGGUUUAUUAGAGGGAAGUCGAUAUAGCAUUCUUUCUAAUGGAACACUGGAAAUAAAGCACACCAAACUCCAGGACCAGGGGACAUAUCUCUGCGUUGCUAGCAAUGUCAUUGGACGAGACGAGAUGGAGACACAACUGGAGGUCAAAGAACCCAUUAAAAUCAUCCGUGCCCCACAUAAUGUCAUUGUGGUAAAAGGGAGCUUGGCACAAUUUGACUGCAAGAUCCAGUCUGACCCAACCUUGGAGGUAAAGGUCACCUGGCUCAAGGACAACAAAUUCCUGAUCUUUGGAAGAAGAAUGACUAAGAAUGAGGACUCUAUGAGCAUUGUUGAUGUGUAUAGAAGAGAUGAGGGUAUUUAUACCUGCAGAGUUAAGACUGAAGUGGAGGAAAUCAGUGCAUCAGCCAAACUCACUGUGAUGGAUCGUCCUGACCCACCUACUGACUUGGAGGUGUCAGAUCCCUCAGAACGAAGUGCUAGACUCACCUGGGUGCCAGGACUGAGCAACCACAGCCCUAUCAAAGAGUAUCUGGUGCAGUACACAGAAGAUCUGCUCGCUGAUUAUUGGCUAGUGGCAAGCGGCUGGAAGAACCUGACCAGUUACCCUGGCCACCUGAACUCUGUCGUGUUGCAGCUGAUGCCAUUUGUUGAGUACCAGUUCCGGGUUGUGGCUAUCAAUGAGAUUGGCUCCAGCAAACCCAGCAAGCCAUCUGAGUAUUACGAGACUGGUGGAGCUGUGCCAGAUGCCAUCCCAAGAAACAUCAAAGGCGUGGGGACUGGAGUGUUCAUAAAUAACAUGGAGAUCAGCUGGGAGCCGUUGGAGUAUAGAGAGUGGAACGGGCCAAAGCUCGGCUACAUGGUGUGGUGGAGAAGAAGAGAUUCCAGAGAGGAGUGGAAAAAUUACACCACCUACUGGUGGUGCAGUUACAUCGUCUACGAGACGGACACCUUCACACCCUAUGAGAUUAAAGUGCAGGCUGUCAAUUACUUUGGCCUCGGACCAGAAUCCCCUGUGAUCAUUGGAUACUCAGGAGAGGAUCGUCCCACAGCUGCUCCAACUGACCUGCAUGUCUCAGAUGUCGAGAGCACGAAGCUGACAGUUCACUGGCAGCCUGUUUCCCAAGACAGCAUCAUGGGAGAGAUUAAAGAGUACACGGUGUAUUACUGGCGAGAGAGCAGCCGCCUGCCCCAUCACAGCGUCACCACAAGGAUCAAAUCCAAGAGCUUUAAAGCAAAUGGGCCUCGGCUUACUGGCACCCUAACUGGCCUCAUCCCUUACAGCAACUACAAGAUGUACAUAGUAGUGGCCAAUAACCGCUAUGAGGGUCCACCAAGCGACAGGAUUGAGUUUCAAACCCUUGAGGGAGUGCCAUCAGUACCCAGAGCCUUCAGGAUCAUGCAUAAGCAUUAUGACACCAUCUACCUGGACUGGGAGGAACCUGCAGAACCCAAUGGCAUCCUGACUGGGUACAUCCUCAAAUAUCAGACAUUGAAUGUGUCAGCAGGAGAGCGGAUGCUAGUGGAGGAAAUCCCCCCCAACACCACACAAUUCUCGUUGCGCCGCUUUGACCGCUACACUCGCUACAAGUUCAGUCUUGCUGCUCAGACACAGGUGGGAGUGGGAGAGACCUUCACAGAGGAGUCACCCCAUUUCACAACAGAGGAAUAUUCCCGGGAACAAGUGGACAUAGUCACACAGGGAUGGUUCAUUGGGUUGAUGUGUGCCAUUGCACUUUUUGUUCUCAUCAUGCUCACAGUCUUCUUCAUUAAAAAAACCCGUGGAGGGAAGUACCCAGUGAGAGACAAGCGGAAUUUUGCACUUGACUCUAUGGACGAGAAGGAUGAAGGGUCUUUCGAAUACAGGUCUCUUGAAAGGAUAACACGUGCACCCACCCUACCCUACUCCAGGCGAGAGGAGGAAAGCCGCCAGGGUCGGAGUCAGGGACACAUGCAGAGGAAGACAAACAGUGAUGACAGCCUGAUGGAAUACACUGAAGGCGAUGAGAUUGAGUUCAAUGAAGAUGGCUCUUUCAUUGGAGAAUAUACCGGCACCAGUAAGAGAGACAGAGACACUUUUGCAUAAAGCUACUCCUAAACAUGGUGAGCAAGUGCAAAAGACAUGGUGCCAACUGGUUCCUGAGAAACCCCACCUUUACCUCAAACACCGCUGAGCAUGGAUGGAUGACCAAAAUGGCCAAAAGGAAGUCAUGUGCCACUGGCUACAUCAUGCAGCAGUUCAGCCUGAAUUAUGGCAGAGGCAUUACAUUACUAGUCAAAAGUAUGGACAUAAGCUGUGGGUUUUGAAUAGUCAACAAUGAUGGGUGUAUUUAUUAAAGAAAUUUUCUUCAGAAUAUUUCAUUGAUUACUGUUUACACCGCACACUUACUAUAACAUAUUAUAUGGGAAAAGCCUUCACAGCCUUUGUUUUAAACAGUCCCUUCAUUGAUCAUUACAGUCUCCUAAUUUAUCAACUUCAGGGGCCUCUAGAAGGUGUAUAAGGUUAUGCUACAAUAAAUCUCAACAUUUUAUAAAAAUAAAAUGCAAACAAUAAUAAAGAAACAGUAGUUGUGCAACAGUACUAUAGAUGUUAGUCAUAGGCGUUUGUUCCAUGAUAAUAAACUUUUUUAUAAAGUGUUGUGUCCAUAUUUGGCCUAUACACUUCUAGAACUCUGUGAACUUAACCAUAUAAAAAGAAAUUGUUGUGUAUGUGCUGGUUUUGUGCCAUAAAAAUGACUGAUCAUGCCAGUUUGGUUUUAUUUUAUUGUGCCAUUUGAUUUUUGUGGAAUUGAGAUAUUAUGUUAUUUAUUGAUGCAAGUCAUUGUGAAUGAUGUCACAGUGUAUUGAAUUAUUUAAUUAAUCAAUCAAAAAAAGCCCAGCACAAACAAUACUUUUACAGCACAUACAUAUCUCUUUUAGGAUCAGGAACUAUUUUUGCAGAACUGAAAUUUGUAACCCUUAAGGGUUCUUUGGUUUGUCCCUCUGAAAGAACCUUUAAACAGAGUAUUCCUGUUUCCUGUUUUAAUUUCCUCCCUGUUCCUGUUUCCUGUAUUAAUGACUGUCCUAGGUAGCUAAGGACACUUAUCUAUCUAAAGAGCCCUUGAGGAUCCCCCUUUUUUGACUGUAUGUUUUGGAAGAAUUGUCUUAUUUUGGUGUUAUAACUGUCAGUUUUACUGGCUCAAGCAGAGUGUUUUUUUCUUCUUGUAAAUCAAUCAGACUUCUCAUGUUUGUGAAUGAAAAGUAACCAGUGACAGCAUGGAGGAUAUACAUGUGUCUGUUUA